AUGUCAGACUUUGAUUUCGAUGAGGAUGACGAUGAUUUUUUCAUGGCUCACGAUGAAUCAGAUGAGGAAAUUGAAAUUGAGUCUCAAAGGGCUAAGCUGGUUCUUCCAGACUCCACAAUGAAAGGAUCACAAAACCUUGAUGCUGAGAGACGCAAAAUACUUGAACUUUCUGAUGAUGAAAUUGAAGGUAAGAUGGGCAAUGUCCAAAAAGAACUACCGAAUGUUUCUCCUACUAAGAAUACAAGAUCACAACGAAAAAAUACUACAGCAACAGAAUCAUUAGACCCAGAGAGUAACAAUAACAAACGAUCGAGGUCUUUAUCACGACGUGGGUCUUCCUCUUCCUCUUUAUCCUCUCGUUCACGAUCACGCUCCAAUUCACCGUAUAGGUCUGCCAAGAGACAGAAAUCAACAUCCACACCUAUCUUAUCGUUGGGACCAGAUGAAAACGAUGAAUUUUUCAAAGAAAUUGCUAAAGAAGCUAAAAAAUUACCUAGUAUUACGGAUAGAAGCAAAGAGGCCACUCCAGAUAAACAACCUAAACGUGUCUACAGCAUACGAUUUUUAUCACAAUUGGAUGGAACAAUAAACAAAACAGUUCAAGUAAAAGUAUUAGGAAAGUUCCAAUUUGUUAAGAUAUUGCCACCUACAUUGGAAGGGCUAAUUAAAUCCUAUUCUAUACCGACUGUACUUCAAAAAUUCUAUAAAGUGGAUAAUGUCACUUUAUAUUGGAAUAACACAAAAUUAUUAAAUUUUAUGACUUGUAAUUCCUUGAAUAUUCCACAAGCUUUUGAAAAUGAAGUGACAAACGUGGAUAUUGUCAUUAUGUCAAAGGAGAAGGAAAUUGAAAAUGAAAAUGAAUUACGAAAGAAAUUAUUACUGGAGGAGAAAGCUGCUCAAAUGAAAUUAGAUUUGGAGAAGGAAAGGGAAAAGGAAGGGGAAAAAAAUAAACCAAAAGAAUCUAAGAAUACGGAGUAUGCAAAAGCUAUAGCUGAAUUUGAGAAGGAAUUGAAAGAUGCUACAGAGUUAAAGGAUUCACAAGUGCAUGGAGGAGAAAACGAUGGUAAUAUGAAUAUUGACGGAAGUGACAAUGAGAAAUCGUCUAUUAUGAAGAUCGCUCUUGUGGGACAUGAUAACAAAAAAAUAUAUGUCAAUGUUCGUAAUUCAACACCGUUUUCAAAACUGGCUGAAUAUUAUAGACUGCAAAAGCAAUUGCCACAAGCUGCGAAGAUCCAAUUGAUGUUUGAUCAUGAUGAAUUGAAUUUGGAAGAAACAGUUGGUGAUCAAGAUAUGGAAGACGAAGAUAUGAUCGAAGUUGUAAUUAAAUAA